AUGGAGGCAGACCCCAGACGGGUCCUGGCCGUGUCCAUCAGUAAACUGUACUCCUCCCGGUCCCAGCGCGGCGGCCUGAAGCUCCACCGCAGCCUCCUGCUGUCUCUGCUGAUGAGGACCGCCCGGGACCUGUACCACGCCACGGCCCCCGCGGAGCCCAGCACCGAGCCCAGCACCGAGCCCAGCACCGAGCGGGCCAUGGAGGCGAUGGAGGCGGAAGUCCCGAAGCUCAGGGCCCGGGGGAGCGAGGACAAGGAGAACCAGAGCCCCAAGCGGCCCCUGAAGCGCCCGGGGAAGGCUGCAGCUGUGCCCGACUUCCUCCCGGAGAAACGAGCCCGUCUGGAGCGGGACGAGGCGACGCGGAGCCCGGGGGCUGGUCCCGGGGCUGCGUGUCGGAGCCUGGGCCCGUUACCGUUACUCACCACCUCCGUGAUCCCCGCGUUCUGA